CUUGAAUUGAAUGAAAUGCCCCUGGCCAGCCACCCCUUGAUUGGUAUUCAUCUAUAUAAUAAGGUUGCCCAACAAGAUGUUGUUGGUUUGGUCUUCUGUGUACCGGUUGUGCUGAUUGCAAAUAAGGAUAUCCCUCUGGCCCUGGAUAAGCUACUCCACUGGGAUGACCAGGGUACUCUGGUCGUGGAUAAACCUGAGGUGUUGGCUGUGGGUACCUUGAAGGUGUGGAUUGAGGAUACCUAUGAGGUAUUGGCUGCGGCCAAGCAAAAUGUUCAUCUUGGCUGGUGUCAGGCUCACUCCAGGCAUGUUCCAACCCAGGAGAUGGAAGUUGAGACCUGUGAUCAAGGCCCUCUUGAAGUGAAAGUGCCAUUGCUAAAGCAAAGUCUCCAGAGGUAUCCUGCAAACUGCUAUGAUUCCCAAGCGCGUGAAUGGGAUCUUCAGAAUGAGAGGGCUCAUGAACCUCAUUUCCCAGAGAAAGUGAAACUGCCCGAGCUAAAGCUUCAUCAUCCCCACGGAGCUCGGUGCCACCCAAAGCAUGCAAACUCUCACUAUGAUGAGGUUCGACAUGUGGGGCAGAGAGAUCAGGUACGAGGUGAUUUUCACGAUGUGGAAAUCCAGCAGCAAUUACAUCGUCAUUAUCUACUUCAGGUGGUGGUCUUGGACGGCUUUGUAGUUUUUUCAGACGCUUAG